GCUUGCUUCUCAUUUCUGUAACACACACUAGAGAGCUCGGACAGGUGCCUUUAUGUCAACUUGCAAACAUCUGCAUUUUCUUUUGAAAGAAACUUUAGGCUUGAUCAGAGGAAAGUGGUGGACAUACAGACAGUUUUAGAAAGAUGCUCCAACAUCUGAGACCCUCACAAGACAUGAGAGACAGACUGCUGGACAAAGACCUGUUAAACCGGAUCUGACUGGCUUGAGAACUGUGAACACUUCAGUGGAUUGGAUCGGGGAGCUGUGGACUGGGAUUGGGCUUUUGGAAUUGUCAGUGGUUGUUCCAGACUCAGUUCAGUGUCCUAGAAUUCCUAAGGAAAGUUGUGAUGGGUAACGCACCUGGUGGGAUGGAGCAGGUGGAGGGGCAGGAGGCCAGAAGCUCAACAGGGGGGAUUAACUCCACUCCCUCCAUUCUAAAAAAGAAAAAUGCCCCUUCUAAACUACCCAUGCCCCCCGAGGAGGAGCUAGAAGAGCGCUUUAAUGUGGUUUUGAGCUCCAUGAAUCUGCCUCCAGAUAAGAUGAAGCUUCUGAGUCAGUAUGACAAUGAGAAGAAAUGGGAGCUGGUUUGUGAUCAGGAGCGAUUCCAGGUGAAGAACCCUCCUUCAGCAUACCUGACUAAAAUCAGGAGCUUCUACCAGGACCAGGGUGGAGUGACACGCAGAUUCAAGAAGCGUGUGCAGGAGUCAACUCAAGUUCUGAGAGAGCUGGAGAUUUCUCUGAGAACCAAUCACAUAGGGUGGGCUCAGGAGUUUCUGAAUGAGGAAAACCAAGGCUUAGAUGUCCUGGUGGACUAUUUGUCCUAUGCUCAGAGUGAUGUGCCGUUUGAGGUGGAAUCUGUGGAAAAUGGUGUCUCAGUAUCAGACAACAGGAGACUCUCGGAGAGAUCGCUGGAGGAUCUGGCCAAAAACGUGAACCAUUCUCCCACACAUGGAGUGUCCAAAGCGGCACGUGCAUUCACUGUCAGAAUAACCUCCUUGGCCAAUAGCAGAAAAACUCUGCGAAAUGCUCGUUUGGCCACCCAGAGGGAUGAUGUUCACUUAUGCAUUAUGUGUCUGCGUGCUAUCAUGAAUUAUCAGUCUGGCUUCAACUUAGUCAUGAAUCACUCCAGAUGUGUCAAUGAAAUCACACUUGGUCUCAACAACAAAAACCCCAGGACUAAAGCUCUUGUAUUAGAGUUGUUGGCGGCAGUGUGUCUAGUUAGAGGUGGACAUGACAUCAUCAUCUCAGCCUUUGACAACUUUAAAGAGGUGAGUGGAGAGAAGAACCGCUUUGAGAAGCUCAUGGAGUGCUUCAUGAAUGACGACAGCAACAUAGACUUCAUGGUGGCUUGUAUGCAGUUCAUUAACAUUGUGGUCCACUCAGUUGAGAACAUGAACUUCCGUGUACAUCUUCAGUAUGAGUUUACACAGCUGGGCCUCGACCAGUAUUUAGAAUCCUUAAAAAAGAUGGAAAGUGAGAAGUUGCAAGUGCAGAUCCAGGCAUACUUGGAUAAUGUAUUUGAUGUUGGAGCUCUGCUCGAAGAUGCAGAGAAUAAAGCAGAAAUAGUGGAGCAUGUAACGGAACUGCAGGAAAGCAAUGCCCAGCUGAAUGCUAGACUGCAAGAAUAUGAAAAUGGAGCUGUGGAGAAAAUGGCAGAACUGGAGCAACAACUAAUGCAGGCCACUAAAGAGUCAGCAUUGUUGAAGGAGAGCUUGCGAGAGUCCUGCACCCAGGUGAGCACCCUGCAGCAGAGAGAACGGGAACGAGAGAUUCAGAGAGAGAGAGAAAGAGAGCAGGAGUGGCUGUCAAAACCCUCACAGGUAGAAAGAGAUAGAGACAGAGAGAAGGUGAGCGAGGAGUCCAAACUGGAGCUGAAGUUGAAGGAACUAGAGGAGAAGGGUUUAGUCCGACUGGAACGCACAGCCUCUGGAAGCCUGGACAUUAAAGUCAUUCCAGUCACCGUAGAGAAAAUUGUCACUCAAACAGUGUCAGUGUCAGCACUAGCUCCUCAAGCCCCACCACCUCCAGCAGCAGCACCACCCCCACCUCCGCCCCUACCUGAUGCAACCGUACCCCCACCUCCACCACCACCCCCUCUUCCUGGAUCUGAAGCUCCUCCUCCUCCCCCUCCUCCUCCACCUCCUGGUGGAGGCCCACCACCACCCCCACCCCCACCUGGCUGUGGGCCACCGCCCCCUCCCGGAGCUCCUCCUGCCCCUGGGGCUGAGACAGAAGCGAAGAGUCGUAAGCCAAUUCAAACAAAGUUCAGAAUGCCUCUGUUGAACUGGCAGGCUCUGAAGCCCAAUCAGGUGACAGGAACUGUGUUCAGCGAGCUGGAUGAUGAGCAAGUGUUAGGGGAGCUGAAUAUGGACCUGUUUGCGGAGCAGUUUAAGACCAAGGCUCAGGGUCCUCCAACAAAUCUUUCUAAGCUCAAAGUAAAGGUGGCUGAGAAGGCCCCCAGUAAGGUGUCUCUGCUGGAGGCGAACAAAGCCAAGAACCUUGCCAUCACCCUCCGCAAGGGAGGCAUGAGCCCCAAUGACAUCUGCACCGCUAUUGAGAAAUAUGACCAACAGUCUCUGAGUCUAGACUUUCUGGAGCUGCUGGAACGUUUUAUCCCAUCAGAGUAUGAGAUGAAGCUACUCCAGAACUACGAGAAGGAAGGGCGCUCACUUGAGGACUUGAGUGAGGAGGACCGUUUCAUGAGCCGCUUUGGCAAAAUCCCACGCCUUGCUCAGCGAAUCAACACCCUCACCUUCAUGGGCAACUUCCCUGAGACUGUAAAACGUCUGCAGCCGCAAUUGGAUGCCAUCAUUGCAGCAUCUAUGUCCCUCAAGUCUUCAUCUAAGCUGAAAAAGAUGUUAGAGAUCAUCCUGGCAUUUGGGAACUACAUGAACAGCAGUAAAAAAGGAGCAGCAUAUGGGUUCCGUCUGCAGAGUCUUGACCUGCUGUUGGACACAAAGUCCACAGACCGCUCCCAGACUUUGCUGCACUUUAUUGUGACUGUGUUGCAGGAGAAAUAUCCAGAGCUUACCUCUUUCCACACUGAACUCCGCUUUGUAGACAAGGCUGGUCUGGUCUCUUUGGACGGUGUGCUGCAGGAUGUGAGAUCUCUGGAGAGAGGGAUGGAAGGGACCAAGAAGGAAUUCCUGGUGCAGGAUGACAUUCCAGCACUAAAAGAGUUUGUUAAAGCUAACAGUGACAUACUAGAUUCACUUGUUAAAGAUGGCAAGACAGCACAGGAGGCAUACAUUUCUGUAGUGGAGUACUUUGGAGAGAACCCCAAAACAACACAGCCUUCCAUGUUCUUUCCACUCUUUGUCAGGUUCAUCAAAGCUUAUAAGCAAGCAGAACAGGAUAACGAACUGAGGAAGAAACAGGAGAGUGCAGCAGAAGAACAGACAGCCCCCUCACCAAAGAAGAAAAAUAGCUCUCCUCAAAAGGGCCCCAUGAUGCCCAAAAUGCCUCAGAUGGACAUGAUCGCAGAGCUGAAGAAGAGACAAGUGAAGCCCCAAAUCACAGAUGGAGCCAUUGAUGACAUCAUUACAGAUUUGAGAAAUUCACCUUACAGAAGAGCUGAUGGGCGGAGAACAGCGCCACGACAAGACAACUGAGUGUUACAUGAAGAGACAUUUCUUCUGUCCAGUCCACUGCACAGCCCUGUACAUACAUACUUACAGUGCAUUCAGAAAGUAUUCAGACCUUCAUUUCAUCCACCUGUGGCAAAUUCAAUUGAUUAGACAUGAUUUGGAAAGGCACACACCUAUUUAUAUAAGGUCUCACAGCUGAAAAUGUAUAUCAGAGCAAAACCCAAGCCAUGGGGUCAAAGGAACUGCCUGCAGAGCUCAGAGACAGGAUUGUGGCGAGGCACAGAAAAAAAUUUCAGCUGCAUUGAAGGUUCUCCAUAAUUCUUAAAUGGAAGAAGUUUGGAACAACCAGGACUCUUCCUAGAGCCGGCCGCCCAGCCAAACUGAGCAAUCGGUGGAGAAGGGCCUUGGUAAGAGAGGUGACCAAGAACCUAAUGGUCACUCUGGUUGAGCUCCAGAGAUCAUGUGUGGAGAUGGGAGAAACUUGCAGAAGGACAACCAUCACUGCAACACUCCACCGAUCUGGGCUUUAUGGCAGAGUGGCCAGAUGAAAGUCUCUCCUCAGUGCAAGACACAUGAAAACCCGCUUGGAAUUUGCAAAAAUGCACCAUAAGAACUCUCAGACUGUGAGAAACAAGAUUCUCUGGUCUGAUGAAAGGAAGAUUGAACUGUUUGGCCUCAAUUCCAAAUGUCAUGUCUGGAGGAACCCAGGCACCGCUCAUCACCUGCGCAAUACCAUCCCAACGUUGAAGCAUGGUGGUGGUAGAAUCAUGCUGUGAGGGUGUUUUUCAGCGGCAGGGACUGGAGGACUGGUCAGGGUUGAAGGAAAGCCGAACGCAGCAAUAUACAGAGAUAUCCUUAAUAAAAACCUGGUCCAGAGCACUCAGGACCUCAGACUGGGCCAAAGGUUCACCUUCCAACAGGACAAUGACCCUAAGCACACAGCCAAGACAAUGCAAGAGUGGCUUAGGGACAACUCUGUGAAUGUCCAGCCAAAGCCAGGACUUGAACCCAAUCGAACAUCUCUGGAGAGACCUGAAAAUGGCUGUCCACCAACGGUCCCCAUCCAGCCUGACAGAGCUUGAGAGGAUCUGCAGACAAGAAUGGCAGAAACUCCCCAAAUUCAGGUGUGCAAAGCUUGUCACAUCAUACCCAAAAAGACUUGAGGCUGUAAUCGCUGCCAAAGGUGCUUCAACUAAGUACUGAGUUAAGGGUCUGAAUACUUAUGUCAAUGUGAUAUUUCAGUUAUUUUCUUUUUAAUAAAUUUGAAAAGUUAUCAAAAAUCUGUAUUUUGCUUUGUCAUUAUGGGGUAUGGAGUGUAGAUUGAUGUGAAAAAUAAAUAAAUAAUUUAAAGCAUUUUAGCAUAAGGCUGCAACAUAACAAAAUGUGAAAAAAAUUAAGGUGUCUGAAUACUUUCUGAAUGCACUGUAUAACCUUUCUACUCUUUAUAUAGUAAACAUAAAGAACAACUCAAUGCACAGCACCAGCAAACUCAUUUACACAUACAUACAACCACAUUGACAGAUACGCAACAACAGAUGGUGCACAAACACAAAAGAGUCACACUAACAAACACCCAUCACACAUGCUUACAUAUGCUUAGAUGUGAUUUAACCUUUGGACAGUCUGUUAAAACCAUCCUGUGGAAACUGUACAUAAGGCAUAACAUUUUUUACCAUCACAUUAGAUCUUAAACAUGCAAACAACUCUAUUGGAUUCCAUGAACUUCAAUUACUAUUACUUUGUUUUUGCUGCGUGUUUAUAUUGCUAAUGAAAUUGUAAAAAAAAUACAACAACUGUACUUUUAUAAUAAUAAAUAAAAAGAGUUUGCUUUGUGUUUUAAUGAUAAAAAAAAGUGAGAACAUU